GUGACCCUUGCCCGCCUGCCUGUCUACCCCCCUCACAGCUGGAACCUAGACGGCUGUGUCCCCCUUCCUCUGGGCGUCCUUUCUGUCUCCUGCUAUCAGCCUUCCAUCUGACGUGGCCUCCAUUCCACCUGGGAGCCUGGAGGCUGAGCCCCUCCGGCUCCCCUUCCCGACCCAGGAACCUCUUAGUGUCCACAAGGCCUGACGCGACCGAAGGUGACGAGGUUCUUCUGCCAGUGGAGGGCACAGUCCUCAGGAUGUUCCGGGGGGAAUAGAAGCUAGAACCAGAGCCUCUUACCAGUUCCUCCCAACAAUGGGGCUCCCGACCAGUCACCUGCUGGCUGGCCUCUGUGUGUGUGCGGCCUUGAGCUGGGGAGGGGGGUCAGCCCCCAACCUGGGCCCUGCUGAGCUGGAGCAGAACCAUUACCUGGCCCAGCUGUUUGACCUGUACGGGGAGAACGGCACGCUGACUGCAGGGGGCCUGGCCAGGCUUCUCCACAGCCUGGGGCUAGGCCAAGUUCAGGGGCUGCGCCUGGGACAGCACGGGCCUCCAGCUGGCCGGCCUGCACCCCCAGCAAGAGACAACGCCACACACAGGCCUCAGGACCCCAAAUUGAAUGUGGAUGUCUGGUCAGAGCUGCCUCUGGGUCCCUCAGGGUGGGGUGACCUUGAGGAGCCAAAGGCCCCCCACCCACCCCAUGGGCCAGCCCCCUCGGGCCUGGACCUGUUUCACAGGCUUCUGUUGCUGGACCAUUCGCUGGCUGACCAUCGGAAUGAGGAUUGUCUGAACGGCUCCCAGCUGCUGGUCAACUUUGGCCUGAGCCCCGCUGCUCCGCUGACCCCGCGGCAGUUCGCUCUGCUAUGCCCAGCCCUGCUUUACCAGAUCGACAGCCGUGUCUGCAUCCAGGCCCCCGUUCCAACCCCACCAGGGGAUCUACUAUCUGCCCUGGCUCACAGCGCCCUGGCGGUCCUGCUGCUCAGCCUCCCCACACCCCUCUCACUGCUGCUGCUUCGCCUCCUGGGAUCUCGUCUGUUGCGGCCCCUGCUGGGCUUCCUGGGGGCCCUGGCCGUGGGCACCCUUUGUGGGGAUGCGCUGCUACACCUGCUGCCACAUGCACAAGGAGGGCAUCACUCCGGACCUAGUGGGCGACCAGAGGAAGACCUGGGUCCAGGGCUGUCGGUACUUGGCGGUCUCUUUCUGCUCUUCUUGCUGGAGAACAUGCUAGGGAUUUUGCGGCGCCGAGGGCUCAGGCCAAGAUGCUGCAGGCGGAAAAGGGAGGAUCUCAGACCAGACCUGGACCCAGAGGACAGCAGCGGGAUGGCACUUCAGCCCCUACCGGCAGCUCCAGAGCUAGGGGCGCAGGGCUGCAGGGAGCCGGACAGCCACCCCCCGCCAGCCCCAGCCCCUCCCGGGCACCAAGGCCACAGUCAUGGGCUCCGGGGUAGCAGUGACACCAGUAUAACAUGGAUGGUCCUCCUGGGAGAUGGUCUGCACAACCUCACUGAUGGGCUGGCCAUAGGUGCUGCCUUCUCUGACGGCUUCUCCAGCGGCCUCAGCACCACCCUAGCAGUGUUCUGCCAUGAGUUGCCUCACGAACUGGGUGACUUUGCAAUGCUGCUCCGGGCAGGGCUGCCCUUUCGGCGGUUGCUGCUGCUGAGCCUAGUGUCUGGAGCUCUGGGACUAGCGGGUGCAGCCCUGGGGGUGGGGCUCAGUUUGGGCCCGGUCCCCCUCACUCCCUUGGUGUUUGGGGUGACGGCUGGGGUCUUCCUCUAUGUCGCCCUGGUGGACAUGCUGCCAUCCCUGCUGCAUCCUCCCGAGCCUCUCCCUCCCCUGGAAGUGCUCCUGCAGGGGCUGGGGCUGCUGCUGGGAGGCAGCCUCAUGCUCACCAUAGCCCUGCUGGAGGAGCAGCUGCGGCCCCUGGUCUCUGAUGGCUGA